CAUUUCUCGUUACAGUCAGGAAGUAGUAGUAGUAUUAGUAUUAGAGCUUCCUCGGCGGCCUCAGAGGUUACUUUUUCCAUUUCUCUUUCAUAAAUUUACCCUUUUUCAUCACUCGCAAUUUCUCGUCACCAUCUUGAGUUUUAAGCAUGGCAGAUGGAUCAAGGCGUCCAUCAGUAUUUCAAAAAAUACAUGGGCAGUCCUAUUUCAUUUCCAGGCUUUCUCCUAACUUGCCUGCCCGGAAUUAUAAUGUGACUGGUCCGUAUGCCAAUGGAGGAAUUGAUGUUGCUUUACAGCCAUCGCAUCAGGCCACUUGGUUGGCACUUGUGUCCCCUGUUUCUCCCAUUUUUGUACAAGCUCCAUCAGAGAAAGGUGGUUAUGGUUUUUUGGUGGAUUUCCUCAUGGGAGGAGUUUCCGCAGCUGUUUCCAAGACAGCAGCUGCUCCGAUUGAGCGGGUUAAACUUCUAAUCCAAAAUCAGGAUGAAAUGAUCAAAGCUGGGCGGUUGUCUGAACCAUACAAGGGAAUUACUGACUGCUUUGCCAGGACUAUUAAGGAUGAAGGUGUCCUUUCUCUUUGGAGAGGCAACACUGCUAAUGUUAUCAGAUACUUCCCCACCCAGGCCCUGAACUUUGCCUUCAAGGAUUACUUCAAGAGGAUGUUCAACUUCAAGAAGGACAAAGAUGGCUACUGGAAAUGGUUUGCAGGGAACUUGGCAUCUGGUGGUGCUGCUGGUGCUUCAUCUCUUCUGUUUGUUUACUCUCUGGAUUAUGCUCGGACACGUUUGGCUAACGAUAAUAAGGCUGCUAAAAAGGGUGGUCAGAGGCAGUUUAAUGGUUUAGUUGAUGUCUACAAGAAGACCAUCCAAUCUGAUGGCCUUGCUGGUCUCUACCGUGGAUUCAAUAUCUCAUGUGUUGGAAUUAUUGUUUAUCGUGGACUCUACUUUGGAAUGUAUGAUUCUCUCAAGCCCGUUGUUUUGGUUGGUGGAUUGCAUGAUAGUUUCUUGGCAAGUUUCUUGUUGGGUUGGGGUAUCACGAUUGGGGCCGGACUGGCAUCUUAUCCAAUUGAUACAGUUCGGAGAAGAAUGAUGAUGACCUCUGGAGAAGCAGUCAAAUACAAGAGCUCACUGGAUGCAUUUUCUCAAAUUGUUAAGAAUGAAGGUACUAAAUCACUGUUCAAGGGUGCUGGUGCAAACAUUCUACGUGCUGUUGCAGGUGCUGGUGUGCUUGCUGGCUAUGACAAGAUGCAAGUCAUUUUCUUUGGCAAGAAAUAUGGAUCUGGCGGUGGUGGCUAAUGUUUUCACAUAACAGUGGAAGGUGAUAUUGCUGUCUUGAAGAAUGAUUUAGAAUCCCAAGAUCGAAUAAUAUGGGAUGGAUAUGCUGCUUUUGAUAGUUCCCAGUAUUUAGGGAUUUAAUGUCAGUGACGAAAAAGGUACUUGAAUUUUGAGUGUUAAAUGUGUUUAGUUCCAGGACCAUGUAGUUUUUGCUUGUUCUUUUUGGUGAGAAUAAUUAAACAAUGCUCUGCCUUCACGUAUGUGCUUGAUCUGUAGCAUAUUAAUCGAUUUUAUUCAAUAUUCUUGGCGUGAUGUUACGGUGUCUGUUUGGCAUUCACCUGUUGGAUAUUGGUUAUCUGAUGAUAUUGACAUAAUAGUCUCACGAAGCUCCUAGUUUUCAUGGUGGUACCCGUUCCAGGCGCAAGUUGUGGCCUAUUAGAAUUCUCCAUGGUGGUAAACAGGAAGAUAAUAGAAGGGAAGUGGCAGAUUCUAAUUCAUGUUUCUGUUUCUUUAUUUAGAAAUUAUACUAGGGAACUGGUAGAGGAGCGUGUGCAAUGAAAAACAGAGUACGUUUUUUUAUUUAUUUUUGAAAGGAAACCAGAGAAUGUAGAAUGUAGAAUGUAGGUUAGGGUCUCGAGGCAUUUUGAUAAACGUCAACGUUAUUAUUAAUGUAUGUUGCAUGUCACAUGAAACCAGAGUAUAUAGAAUGUAGAUUAUUAUUAUUAAUGU